GAAACUUACAUUACGAGAAGCCAUUAACUUUAUUUUUGACAUGUGGAACGAUGUUAAUGAUAUUACUAUAAAAAAUUGCUGGAAAGCCACUAAGAUUAUGCCAAAAGCAAGCAAAUCAAGCAAAUAUAAAGAGGAAGAAGAUAGUCAAGAAGAAAGUAGACCAGAAAAUGAACUUGAAUAUGUAAUCUCUAAGACCUUUUUGAUUGAGAAUAAUCUAGGAGUUCAAGAGUUGAUAAAUAAUAUUGAAAAAUAUACUCACCUGAUAGAUCAACUAGUCGUAACUGAGGAUGCACUAACAGAUAAAGGAAUUAUCGAAAUGGCCACAGAAGCAUUAAAAAAAGUUAUAAAAUUUCAAGAAAGCCUCGAAGUCAGAAAAGGGUUUGAUGAAAAAGAAUUAAAGAUGCUGUGA